AUGCAAACCAGCACCCGGACCAGAAACCGACGAGUCGGAUACGGAGCCGGUUAUACUAUUCAAUACAUUUCCACCGGAGAACGAUUCAACAUUUGUCUAACUUGGUUCACUGUGAUCGGAGCCAUCAGUUCGAGAGCACCAGUCAUUGCUGGUACUGCGAUCACUGAGUGGUCUCAUUUAUCGUUCGAUCUUGCAUUGUUGCAAGAUAUCUUUCAGAGAAUUUGUGCAGAAAAUAUUCAAAAGAUGAUUGAUUCUGGAAUCACCAAUAGUGAACUUAUUGUAAGACUUGGAUCUGAAAUUGAAUAUUCGGGAGAAGUUGAAUCAACUAAAGAACCUACAUGGUUGAAAACCUUCAAAGCCAAUCAAACUUUUACUGUACAACACUUUUCUUAUCCAAUCUUUAUAAAAUCGUCUCAAAUCAAUGAUGUUCCUGGAUCAGAUGAAGUAACACUUACAAGAACAUUCGGCAGCAAAAAAGUUAGAACUGCUAUGAGUACUGUGAGUACUGGUAAAGGUGGAAUGGGAAUUGAUUCAACCACAGAUGGUGUUUCAUUCGAAAUCGAUCAUGUAUCAUUUUAUGGUGAUGAACAUCUAGCAUUAGAUGAAUCAUCUGAAAAUGAUUGGAACAAUUAUUCAACCAUGUAA